AUGGACAGUGAACCUCGCUACAUCGGCAGAGCUCACUCCGAAGACGGCGUUUACAUCCUCGAUUUCGACAUCCCCGAUUGCAGCGCUGACUCAGGGGACCUCAUCAACCUUCAGCCCCAAGCCAUCAAGUGGAGCCGCAAACCCAAGCACCCAGGCGGACGCCCUUGGAUCAAGCACCAUGCUCAUCCAAGAGAAAUCGACCUGCACGCACCUGGACCUGAUGGUCUCUGCCGCAACUGCCGUACCCCAACAGCCUCCAGAACAGACACAACAGACAGACCCCUCAACAGAGAAGAAGCACCAGCUGAAGAAGGAGAAUCCUCCGCCGCAGCAGCACGGCGACUCAUGGCCGCAGCAACACAGUCUGAGAACACUCGACCUGCCCUUCCACCUGCCAUCAUGGACAUCAUUGAAGAAGCAGAGUGGCAGACACCUCAGCCCACUGGCAUGCGCGACGGAAAGCUUGCAGCAGCACUCACCAUCUUCCAACCUCGCAGGACUCGCAACGACUCCACAGUCCACGAACGUCUAGAUCUACUUACACGCUACACAGGACCUGGCGCACACGACGCAGACAACAAUCCUCUCCCACUGACCUGGGAAACUUACCACGUCCAACACCCCUGGUCCCAUCGCACCAUGACCACUGAGGAGUUUCAGCGUCAUGAAGAAGAAGAGAGGCGUCGCCGCGCGGACGAAGAAGCAAAACCAGCAGCAGCAGCGCCUACUGGAGGAUGGGGGAGCGCAGCUGUCACACCAAGGAAAUGGGGAAGUGGAACAACCGCAACUGGGUGGGGCACCCCACCACUUACCGUGGAUGACGAGGAACCUAUUGAAGAAGCCAUCGCUCGCGCUGAACAAGAGGCAGCCGCAGCAGCAAGGGGACCGUACGGCUCACCACGUCCCCUUGGAAUACCCCUAGACACCACCCCACACACUGACUCCUGGGGCUCCUCCCAACAUGCCUCCUCAGACUCCACAAACUCAAGACCUCCCACUGACCGUGAUACCAUUCUCCCUUACCGGAGAUAUCCCCGCAGCCCACUCCACACUGAAAGCACCCCCAUCGGCCCUUCAGACUCCCCUGUUCCUAGGCCUCCAGCAACAUUCACCUUACCACCACAUCACCUACCCCUUCCUGACCUGCCUGAAGGCACCGCAGACACGGAUGAUGCUCCACCACCACUCGCAGCCCUCGCUACAAUCACCCCAACUCCAACAGCUCAAGACGUAAUCCUGGCCCUUGGACACUCCAUCUCACCACAGCCCAUCCCGGAGCCCACCGAACGCGACAUUGCUGAACUCAUCGCCUUCUACAUCCGUUCUCCUGCUCUGCGCGCUCAACCUGAUCUUUGGCACCGGCGCCUUGGUCACCCGUCCCAAGAAGUCCUCAACAACUGCAUCCGCGCGCAGGUUUUUCUUCCUGGAACUCUUCUGCGCCCAGACGGCACCCCAGUCCCAGUUGACACCACUCGUUGCGCUGGCUGCGACAUCUGUCCCGAAGCUGCCCUCACCCAUCAGCCCUUUAAGCUCCUUGAGCCCGGGACCAACCGCUACGAAAAGCUCGAAAAGGUCUACAGCGACUUCCUCGUGCUCACCAAAACAGGACUCAACGGCGAGGAAUACACUCUUACCUUCGUCGACGCACACUCCCGCUUCGUCUGGGUCGCCAAUGUCUCUCACAGGAGUAAGGCGUUUGAUAUCUUCAAAGUUUGGCACGCCAAUGCGGAGACUCAGUCCGGCUGCACCCUCAAGCUCUGGCAAACGGACUGCUCAGCUGAAUUCAAAAGUGACAAGUUUGCGGCUUACAUCCAGGAGAAGGGCAUCGGGCACAAACUUUCCCUCCCUUACGCGCACCCACAGCAAGGCGUCGCGGAACGCACCAAUCGCACCCUCAUGACCAAGCACCACUGCCAACACCGACAACCUCUCGCCUCAUCUCAAGUUCACCAACAAGCAAGGUGA